UGGCAAUUUGAUGCGAAUGGCAAAAUUCAAGCUGUGGCGACACAUUCAACGCUGUCAUAAUUCUUGCGGCGAAUAAGAGAAAAAUGAUAUUGUUCAGGCAUAGCGUUUUCCACAUAAGCGUAUUAACAAUAAACUGUGUCAUCCGAAUAUAAACAGUGCAGCUUUCGUCUAUAUGCAAAACCCGAACUUAUGGAAUUCACGCCGCAUUUAAAGCGCAAGCGAAGUAGUUGCAAAGACUUUCUUAAACUUGCACCCUUUCCGCUAAGAGAUGAUGGACAACGCUAUAAAGGCAUCUUCAAUGGCCUCUGUGUCGAGGUAGAGGAUGCAGAGCAUGCAUCGUUUAGGACGCUACACGACAACGGCUGCUAUGGCAAAGGAAGUAUUUCGCGCGGCGGACCAGUUUCUGGAGAGGCAGAUGAGACGCUUUUGCUCGGCCUGGAGGAGGCAUGUUUGCUGGGCUACUAUUUAGGCGUAUUGGAGAUUAGAGACAUGUUGGGCAACGAGAUUAGCUGGCAAUCGUACGUGCAAGCGGCGCUGGAUUAUGACAGGCAAUUUUUCUACAAACUGGCUUCGUAUCUCUAUCUAAAAUCUAGAAAUUGGAUAAUCAAGAGCGGCAUCAAGUUUGGUGGCGACUUUCUCAUCUACAAGCAAGGUCCUCGGCAAUAUCACGCCAGUUUCUUGGUGCUGGUUCAAGUGUCGGGCAACGUAAUGCACACCCAUUACGUGGCGAAGAAUUUAAAGGGAGUUCAACGUGUUGCCGAAACCUCGGACAAGGAUGUCCUCAUUCUCACGGUGAACCAGCUGAACGACGACGUUGACCCUGCGCCGUCCACACCGGCAACCCUGCAAUCCCUGACCAUUGAGGAGACUGUGAUACGGCGCUUUAACUACACAUCUUUUGUGCAAAGUAAACAAAAACAAUAACAAGCCUAAACUACA